AUGCCAACAGUAGAAGACUACUUUGACGAUGAUACCGAUAUCCCCCUCCCUUCCUCAUCCAAACCAAGGGCAUUGCCCGACACAGGUAUGCGAGGAGCGUUGUUAGAGGAGAUAUCAGGUGAUGAGGAUGAUAUGGAUUUCAGUAAACUGGCUGAACAGUCAAGAGGGAUAUUCGGUGAAGGUGCCAACGCCCCUCCCCCUCCUUCUGGUGGAGGGAACGGAAAGGGGAAAUUGGUAGAGAGAUCACAGGAUAAUGAAUUGAGACCAUCUGGUUCGGGGUCGGGACAAGGUGGACCGAAUAUCAAUCCGAAUACGCCAAUGGGAGGAUUCAUGGGUGAUAUGAUGCGUUUACAGGCUGCAGAAGAUGAGAGGCUGGAGAGGUUGAGAAAACAAUUUGGGACUGCCAAUGUAGCUAAAGAUCCUUCGGUGUAUAAAGGUUGGAACACAGUCUACCCUCUGUAUUUCGAUGCGAAAGUAUCCAUCAACGACGGUAGAAGGGUACCUCGAUCAAGUUCGUUGUGGUGGCCUCAGGCGACUCAUAUCGCUCAGGCAUGUAGAGUAUUGGGGUUGCCCAGUGUUCUUGAGCCCGAUAGGUGUCAUCCGGCAGAUUGGGAAAACCCAGGUAGAGUGAAAGUCCAAAUAAUUCGAGAUGGGAAAUUCUUAAACCCCAUUAUCAAAAAUCGAACUGAAUUGUAUAAACACUUAUCUGAUCAAAUCCGACAACGUAACCCAUCUAUAAUAUUCGACCCUUCUACAGCACCUUCCAAGCGAUCUUAUAAACCCUCUACCAAACAGUCAUCAUCGUCCAAGACAGCAACGGAAAAAGGAAGGGGGAAAAAGAAAAACCAAGGCAAGGGCAAGGGUAAACAAGAUGUUCAGAAGAAGAUCAUACCUCUACCUAAAUUACCUACGAAACCACCUUUGGCACCUCAACCCAUACCUGUCCUCGAUGAUAGAUUACCAUUGCAUUCACCUGUCGUACCUGCUGGUGUGGCCGUAGCUGCGAUCAAGAGGGAUAGGGAUAAUGAGAAAGAGGCGAAGAAGAAGGGAUUGAGCCUUGGUGGGUCCGAGGAAGGUGCGAGUGGACAGAAGGAGAAGAUGCCUAAGAUGAAGAGGGUUGUAGUGAGGGGUAAGCGAUAA